AUGACGUUCUCUACAGCCAACGUGCAGGAAGCAUCGCUAUACCAAACAGUUCAGCUGAACUUGGAGUCGAACCCCCUAGCACAGGACCCGAGCAUCACCACUGGCGACCUGAUCUUUUUUGUUCUGUCGUCCAGCACCACGCAAUGCGUGUAUAAUAACACCCCUACCGCGAGCACCCCCGGUUACUACACCGUCACGGCCACCGGCAGCGGUGGCUUUACUGGCAGCCUUAUCUUCACUGUUACGUCGACUGAGUUUACUGUGGGAGAGACGUACUACCCGUGCUAUCUCUCGAACUCAGGGCACACAGCGACGCUUGUGCGGCGCGGCUAUUUGGAGCCAGGUUCGUAUGAUACACUGACAGUGUGGCCCUCCACCUACACAAGCUUUAGCAUGACCCCCACGAGCGCCAAUGGCGGCGAGGGGCCUGUGAGCCUGUCCAUCGUGCAGGCGGUGCAGAGCGGUCGCCCGAUCAACCAGGGCCUCUCGGGAAGCUACACUAUCCUGCUUGUGCCAUGUGGGACCAUCCUCGUGGGCAGCGACAACCUGCAGAGCGACUGCACCGACCUGAACACGCUGGUGACGGUGUGCGCCAUGGUAAGUGCGGCCAGUACAACCCCAGCCAGCGUCGUCCCCCUCUCCAACCUGCAAGGUCAGUCCACCGGGAAUGUAAAGGGCGGCUUCACCGUCCCCUACAGCCCCAACCCUAGCGGCUACUACAUGUGCGUGCCGUACUGCCACAGUGCCUCUGCCGGCUGCGGUGGAUCAGCGACGGCCAUGUCCUUCACUGUCGUGACGGCCGCCUCAGUCACCAGCAACAACUACACUCUCGUCUUUGGCAGCGCUGAUCCGGGAGUGUACAGCCGCAUGCCGGAACGUACGCAGGCGCGCGAGAGCGGCCUCCUCUACUUCGCCGGCGCCGGUCUGAGUGCGAAAGACGCCGUCAAAGUUAUUCGCAGAAGCGACACCUGCACUGCCAAAACGUCGGUGCUGCUCCCGAACCUCGAGCUCGGGGUGCUGCAGCUGACGGUGGCCACCAACGGCACGACCACAACGCAGGUAUCGUUUAUGGCGCCGGACCUCGUGUCAGCGCAGGUCGUGGGCCGCGUCUGCUACCAGCGCGCUGCCAGCGGCCUGUGGUCUACCACCUACCUCUCCGCCUCGAAUCAGGCGGCGGAUUUUACCAUUGACAUUCUGCAGCCAACCGGAUUCAAAAUAGCGAGCCCGACCAUGGACCCCUCCGUCGGCGAGACCCUGACGCUAACCUUCCAAGGAGAUGGUCUCGACAGCUCCCUAGAUGAAGCCUACCUCUCCUCCAGCCCCGACGGCAACCCGUGCAACCGCGACGGAAGUGGAAGUUCAUCAAGCAGCAGCAGCAGCAGCAGCUCAGGGACAUAUAAUCGUAACAUGUACUUCACGUGCAUGAUGGACGGAAGCAGCACCACAUCCCCAACGUGUACUGUCACGGUCGACCCCGAGGACACCAAUGGGGCGAUGACGCUGAGCGUGUGCUACCUGAAGGGUGGCAGCAGAGGACAGAGGAACUUUGCUCAAGUCAACGGCACGGUGGCGCUCCAGGCACGGAACCCGACCUAUUCCGUGACACCGUACCCCAUGUUUGCUGGCCAGUCGGUGACACUGACCUUCACGGGCGUGGGUCUGUACCCGGACGACCGGGUGCAGCUGAUCGCGCCGGGCGGGACAUGCGGGGACGAAAACGCCACUCUGACAUCCGCCGCGAUCUACACCGUCACGGAAGUUCUUCCGAGCGUAGCGUACCAGUAUACCCUAGUCGGAUCGGCCGAGACGUGCAUCACGGUCUGUUACCGUCACCUGGGGUCAGACAUGUGGGUCGUGGCGCGCAGCGGCGACGGCAGGCCUCCCGUGUCGUCGAGCUGCGCGGCGUCGAACACCUACAUCUCCGCGUUUCCGGUGCGGUACAACAUCGUAAACCUUGGCACGAGCAACAGCACCGACCCCACCGCCGGUACCCUCCUCACCGUUGGCGAGACCGCGACGGUAAGCCUCACCGCCGCAAGAGGCCAGAUACUCUCCACCACCACCACGCCGACGGCCAUCAAAGUGGUCCAGGCGCCGGACAGGUGCGUGACAGCACCGUGCGGCUUGGACCUCCGCGCUGCGUGCGCCAACGUGCAGCUUGCCACCGAUUACACUGGUGCCAUUAGGAAAAGUGGCAGCGCCGGACUCACCGCCUCCAUCCAGGUGAGUGAGGCAGAGGUGCGCUAUGUUGUUUGUGUGGAGACCUCCAGCACCUCGAAGACGUACGUGCCGGUCCUGUCCUCCUCGCAGACAUCGGCGACCAGCACCACCUUCGGUUUCACCACGACCUUCCGGAACCCAACGCUGGCGUCGCAAACUCCGAGCACGUGGCGAGUCGCCAUGAGCACCCUGCAGACAACCUUCAGCGGGUCAAGCCUGGACGCGAGGGCGAAUAUCGUAUACGCCGUUGAGACGAGCGCGCUACUGGCCGCCUACACGACAAGCGAAGGCAUCUUCGUGGCAGUGUGCCCGCCCGUGUCGCAGGUGCCGGCGACAGUGCUGGUGUCCACGAUGGACAUAGAGGGCAGCAGCAGCAGCACCUUAACUAUGGCCUCCUACACCCGUGCAGACAGGCUGUACGACGGUCAGCACGUGUACCUGUGUUACUCAUGGUCGGCCGGCAACGGCGACUCGCACAUCACGAUGGCGGGCAUGGUGACUGUGUCAGCAGCGAUCCCGUCCUCCUUCGAGUGGCUGGCCCCCGUAGAAACGAGCAGCUUGCGCGCCGGGCAGUCGAUCCAGCUCAGCUUCACCAGCAACCUCACAAGCCUGUCCGCCAAGAGCGACGUCGUCUACUUCUACAAAUAUGUUCAGUCAUCGAGCCCGAACCCGGACUGUUACUGCGACGCGACGGCGUGUGCGACCGGGACGCGCGUCACCUACACCUCCAACACCACCUUCACCUCGGCGACGACAAACAUGACCGACGACACCACCAUCUACACCUCCUCGCUUGGCUUCAGCAACUACAACUACAGUGCCAUCUACAUCAUCUGCUACACCGCCUUUGGGCAGUCUGCCGACACCUACAUGGGCCGUGUAAUGGUGGGCCUGGCGAACCCGUCGUACUACACCGUCUCCAGCGUAGCCGCGCCUCUUAACCAGGUCGGUGCACCGAUCACCAUUACGGCGACUCGCCGCUGUAUGACGACAGCGUGUGCGCUAACGCUUCAAGACUCGCUGCGUUUGGUGCCCAGCAACGUGCAGUGCUUUCAGCUCUCGUCCGACAGCCCCAGCGAUGACGCGUCAUCGGCAGAGGAGGCAUCCGUGCAGGCCAUCGGCAACCCAGUCCUGAGCCCCGGCGAGCUCUCCCUUGAGCGCAGGUUCGUCGUGGAUGUCGAGGGAACGUACCGCGUGUGCUACCGCCUCGCGAGCGAGACGACCUACAGUGACCUCGUCUUCUCCACCAGGUACGUGCGCUCUGUGCUGACGGUGACGACGGCGAAUCCUCAGCAAGUCACAUCAAUACCAAGCGCCCCCUCCGCUGGGCAGUUUGUCAUCAUGAAUAUCAGCUGCGCGACGACGACAACGCUGUGUAGCAUCUGCACGAUGCUGCGGCUUGUGCCGGGGGUGCGCGCGAGCUGCUGGGAAACGGUGUCGGGGACGUAUAGCAGCGACUCGUGCCUGACGACAAGAUCGGUACAGUACCCGAACCAGUACUUUCUGGAGGGCAUCUACACGGUAUGCUACGGCAGCAGCUACUUCACAUCGCGCCGCAUCCCUGGCACCUUCACGGUGACCCCCGCGAACCCGUCAAGCUACGCCCCGACGGAGCUGAGUGGGUACACCGUAUACACCAAUCAAGGUAUGGACUACACGCUGAACAUCUCCGGCACGGAGCUCACCGCCGCCGAUACCGCAUUUCUGCUGCCGGAGUUGGGGUACACCUGCCACGACCUCCGCACUGGCGAGGUGCAGAGCCAAGGAACACUGGCAGCUUGGCUCGAGCCGAGCGUGAAGCCGUACCCACUGCAGCUGACCUCAACCGGCGUGUCGUGGGUAGUGUCAAAUCAGAGUAAGCGCUUCGGCAGUGGCCUGCUUAACGAUACGGACCUGUGCCCGGGGGACGGGAAGUCGUGCUUGCUGAAGCUGUGCUACAUGCGCUUCGGCACCUCCUGGGCGCCUGUCACUCUGGCGGCCUCCUCGUCGGCGUCGGCGUCGGCGCCGUCUGAAAUCGAGCUGGCUGCCUCGAACCCGUUCUCGGUGGAGUUCGAUCGCUACCCGCUGGCGAUCGGCAUGUACGUUAUGGCCACAGUGCAGGGUGCUGGCCUUUUGAGCACGGAUGUGCUCAUCAUUCACGCAGGCGACUGCAGCGGCGCCGCCAUGACUGUCUCCAUGGCGAAUGCCGUAUACGUGGACACCACGGGAACGCAGUGGCGCGGCGUGUUGCGCGCGACCAGCGCUGCAAGCAGCUACGCUGUGUGCUACUGGCGCUCCGGGUCGGCUACCGAAGUGGCGACCAUCACCUUCACUGGUGAGUCGGCGGUGUCCACGAUAAUGAUACUCAGCACGCCACUUUACUACGUUCUGAGUCCGCUCAACUUCACGUCGAUGCAUGCAGUGUUGACUAGGUACGAGGAGCUCAUCGUCGGCGCCAGCUUCAACGACCAGGGCACAGUCGGGGUGAUGCUGAGCUACGCGCAGCUCAUCUCCGCAGACACGAGCGUUGCUGAGUGCAACUACGGGCCCUUUGAGUCAGUGGCGAGCGGCUUCAAGCCGUUCCCGAUUGCGCUGACGCUUUCACUCGUGCCAGACAGCGGUGCUUCCGACUCACUGCCCCUGUAUCAGGGUCGUCUUACCGUCGAGACAGGGGCAUAUGCACUCUGCAUGAACACCACGAUUGGGCUCUUCCGCGUCGUCGCACCUCCGCCCCGCGCUGCGAACAUCAUGGCAGGCAGCAGCAGCGUCGUUGUGUACGACGCUGUGCCAAGCACGUACACCUCUGCCCCCAAGAGCGUCAUGUUGGGGCAGGUGGUGACUCUGACGUUCUCCAGAGAGUCUGCGAGCAGCGUCAGCGACAGCUACAUAGCUCCGGCCUUAGCCGACCUGGCGGCAGGUGACGUGGUGCAGAUUAUCGACGGCGGUUUGUACGAGUGCGGUUUCGCGAACGCGACAGUGCUAGUGGCCGGUGUCGUGUCAGCGAGCGGCAGCAGCAGCGAGUCGACCACGGUCUCUCUCACCCUCCCCGCCACCUACGAGCCUGCCGGCGUGACCAUGGCGGCGGGAGGGAAGAAGUAUACAGUUUGCUACCAGAGACAGAAAAGCACCUCGGCCACGUCCCCGCGCACCGGCAGCACUGCCGACCAGAACUUUUACAUCAUGGCGCAGGUGCCGACCAAGUGGACAACGUUGCCUCAGCAAGCCCAGGUGAACGCACCAGUCAACAUCACCUUCUACGGGAACGACGAAGAGGCGGACUACCUAACCGCAGCCGACGUUGCGUUUCUUGUGUCGGUGGUCGAUGGUGAGGAUCCGAACUCCAACCUGUGCGGUGCAACUGAAGAGAGCACGAGUGUGAGCCGCCUUGUUGUUACUCAAGGCUCCAUGACGAAACUGGGCGCCGUCAAUACGCAGUGGGCCAUUCCACCCAACGUGCUCCUGGAAGGUACCUACGUCGUGUGCUACACAGCCGAGAAAAAUGGGCAGCCGGUGUACGUCAACCCUCCAGCGACUCUCGUCGUGUACCCGACGCAGUCACCGAGUGGCGCCUACCUCGCCCGCAGCCCCACGUCUCUCGUGAACAACCUCGACGUUCUGCAGGACGAACGCGUGUUUAUACUCUUCAACACGACCGUAGCGCUGAAUGUGGUGCUGGACAACGGCCAGAGCUCGUCCUCAUCCCUCGAGAAGAGCGACGUGGUUCGCAUCACGGAGGACAGCACCUGCAGUGCGUUGUUAGGUGCCGGCAUGAUUGACCCGAUCCCUGAUCAUUUCGGUUACGCGCCCCUCGGCAUCGUAGACGAGACUAGCGGCCUGCCGGUGCCGUACCUGAACCUGCGCAUCCGUGCCAAAGUGGGCCGCUACUACAUCUGCAUGCGCCGCAGCAAUCGUGAGAUUUGGGAAGCGUACUACGACUUUGAGGUGGUAGGUGGGCUCUAUGUGAGCCCGGCGGUGCUGAGCGUAUCGGCCGCCGCUGUCUCGGCGUUUACGACGACGCCGACGACGCCGCGGGUGUGGGUGCCGCAUACGAUGGUAACGGCGAGCUACGGCACUGGCUUCAGUCUGGAGAAGGUCGUGCAGUUCUUCUUUGUGGCCUACAAGGGCACCGGUAGCGUGACGGACAACGACGAGAUUGAGUACGACUCCUGCUACCGCCCCGCCUCUCCGUCAGAGGCGUCGUCGGCCUCCGUGACUCUCGUGAACCGGACACUGCAGGUUUACCUGGUAAGCCCCAUGUUCACGCAGCACAGCUUUGGCACGCCGGGGACGUACCUCCUCUGCUAUCAGAUCAGCGGCUCUAACAUUGCCUCCGUCUCCCUGACCACCUUGACGGUGGCCAACCCGAGCCCGACUGCCUACAUGGUGCCACGCUUGAUUGCCAUUCAACACGCCUUCACGAUGAGCUUAGUGGCCCUCGACGACAUCUUCGCCUCUGCCAGCGGCAACGUUGCGCAGAUAUACACCGCGACGGACACGGACGCGAUGCCGAACUGCUCGGGGGCGGCAGUGCCAAGCGGUGGCACGACGCGUUUUACGAGCUUCACCGCGACGAACACGUCUUACGCAAGUGUGGAGCCGACGCUGCUGGCGGCGGGCUACUACUUUGUGUGCUUCCUGACAUUCAGCCAGGCGGAGUACUUCGUCGUCCCAAACGCCGCGGGCGGCUUUCUCUUUUCCGCUGGGCUGACAGGCGCGCAGAAGUACACAGUGACGCCAUCGCCCGCCUACUUGGGUCAACUCCUGGAUAUCGCCAUUACGGGCAGCCAACUGAGCAGCAAAGACCACGUCAAGCUCUUGCGCGUAUCGCAGGACGAGCUGAGCAGCAGCGGCAGCACCACGAGCAGUGGAGGCAGCUACACAACCCAGUGCACAUCGAGCGCCCCGAACUCCGACGUCAGUGAGUUAGCCGGCGCAGCAGGCAGCACCGUAGAAAGCCCGAGCGGUAUUGUGGCCCACUAUUAUCCCCGCGUGAACGAGACUGGCACCUUCAUUCUGUGCUACCAGAGCUUCUUGUUGAACAACACGUGGAUCUGGGUGGCAGACAUCCAUCAGUUCACCGUCGGCUCGGCGCACCCGACGCACUACAGCCUCUCUGUGCUACCACCGUACGAGACCCAGGUCUUCUCACUCUACAUCCACGACAGCAGCAACGACGGCAGCGACGCGGCAGGGCGACUGCAGGCCACAGAUCAACUGAAACUAGUGGAGCGCGGCACAGGGGCUGGCGGUUUUGACUGCACGGUGAAUGCCAAAAAUAGCAGCGCCGUUGGCCUAAUCAGCUACAUAAAUGCGCAAAGUAAUAGCAGCACGCACGUGUACCAGAUCUGCAGCUCCACGGUGGCGAGCGUGACGGUCUGCUACGCGCUCGCAGGAGAAACGGCAACGACACCGAGCUGGGCGGAAGUGCCACUUCAGUCCCUGCCGCCGACGUACCUCUUUGCAGGGGUGUCGAUGGAAGCAGACCCGUUUGUGGGGCCGCUGCGCGACUCGAGCAGCAAAGCCUCGGCAACCUUUCCCAGCUGGGUGGCACCGCGUCCGUUCGAGCCUUUUACGUUCUACUUCACGACGGCGGUAGCGGGGCUGGAAGUACACCGCGUGGCCUUUGCGAUGACACCGGUGACAGUGUGCGCUCUGAACGUGAGCUACGUGGCACCGCUGUUCUACCAGAAGGGGGCAAGUCGACCGAGCGAGUUCACCGUCUCGCUUCCCUACGCGGGCAGUUAUAACGUGUAUAUCGGACCAUACACCACCGCGAUGACGCCAAACAUUACGCAUGCCACGCCGCUUGUGGUGGGGCCGUGCGACCCGUGCAACUUCACGCCGAACUACGCACUGGCCGGCGCCUACGCGCUGCUGUCCUUUUCCAGCAGCGCUGGCGGCUCUCUCGGCAAUGCAGACGAGGUGCGACUCUUUCCAGUAUCCCAGGGGCUGACAGGGCGACCGUGUGAGGCAACAACAGGGGCGUACGCCGGUGUCACUCUCACACCUAUCGCGGCGCUGAGCACAAGUGAGAUGACCGUCUUCAACGCGACGACUGGCACGGAGACGGAGAUAAGCUCGUACCUGGGCGAGUACUACGUGUGCUACCGCAAGGUGAACCUACCCCCUGGCAGCCCGUCAGCCAACUUUGCAGUCGUGGCUGGGAACGAUGGCACACCCGCCAUCUUCUCCGUCUACCCAGCUGACCUCCUCACCGCCACGGUGUGCCCUGCCUCGCCGAUGUACGCGCUCGAGACGGCCGUGUUCAACGUGACAGCCCGCGAUAUGGUGCUGUACCCGAACGUGGCCUUCAGUGCCUUGGAUGUGCUUAUCGUUGUCUCGUCUGAUGUGCUGAACGACACCAUCAGCGGCAGCUGCGGCAGCAUCACGGAUGUGGACACUUUCAUAACAGCCUCUGGCGGUCGCGCGCAGCUGGCGCUCUUGGACAGCUACGGUAGCGGAUACUCGAACUGGUACCUCACCUUUGGGAGUCAGAUGGCGACCGGGCACUACAGCUGGUGCUUCAAGAUGCAGUACGACACGCUCUUCCGCAACAUAUCAGUCUCGCUGCAGACGGUGGUCAUGAAGAAUCCGUACAAGGUGACCACCUCCCCGCCGGUCAUCCUGCCGAGCUCGUACCCGGUGCUGAUUCAAAUCAUGGGCUCUGGGCUGCUGGCAACGGACCAGGUGUACAUCGUCUCUGCCGAUCAGUCGUGUGCGGAGACAUGCAACCGCCCACUGACGCCGACAGAGUGGUCCGGCACCUCGCACACCACCCAGUACGUGAACUCGACUACGAUGCUGGUGACCUUUUCGCAGUCCAUCAACGUCGUCACCUCCUUUGGCGUGUGCUACCGCCGCCUCGGACGCUACCUAACGCGUCUGGCUGACAUCUACGUCUUGGAGCCGAACCCCAUCUCCUACGUGGUCAACUUCGUCCCGCGCGUCGGGACGCAGCCAACAUUGGCGUUCACCGGCAAGAAUCUGAUGGCCACAGACGCGGUGAUGCUGGUGAGGCCCGGUGACACCUGUGUUGCGAGUAACACCGUCGUCACGGGCACGUUUGUGUCGGUCAGCAGCGAUGCAAUGGUGAGCCAGUUCCUUCUGGCACUAGUCGGUAGCGCAGUCCUAGCGCAGAACUACACUGUGUGCUACAAUGUAUCGACCGUCGGCGCCUAUGCGGAGGUGUCGCCGGAGCUGCCUGUUCUGGAGGGUGGUCCGUCGAGUGUCCUGUCAAGCAACACCCCGAUGCGCGGCCGCGCGACUGUGCUAACAGUGGCGGACCCGCAGGUGGGAGACGAGAUGUACAUCGCUUGCGUUGGAUGCAGCUGCUUCGACGAGGUGGAGGCUGUCGUGCCGUACGGCCAUGUGCACGCGACGGCGCAACCCAUCGAAAGCGAAACCUCGAGCGCCUCCGACGCCGCCGCCAUCUCACUACGCGUCGGCUUCAGCGAUACACAGAGCUACCCGGUUUGCUACCGCCGCCUUGGCAGCGGCUACGCGCAGAUUGGCGGCACAGGCUACUUCGUCACUCCGGUGAUGAACUCACCAAGCACUGUGACGCAGCUGCCCACCUUAGAGCAGUUCCAAGGCCAGCGGCUGUACUACAACUUUUCGAACUACACCUCCAGCGCGCCGCUCAGCAGCAGUGACUUCGUGAUGCUGGUGCAGGCAGAUCGAACCUGCUGGGACAACCUGGAGAUCAACUCGAGCGGUGUGGUGGUGGGCACAAGUGAGCUGUCGGGCACCAUCGCAUCCCUUGGAAUCGGUGAGUGGAAGGCGCAGGUGCCCUCUCUUGGGCCUGGUGUUCCGCCUAACACCUCCACGCUAUUCCCGCUCUCCUACCUCCUGUGUUACCGCCAGUCCACGCAGCUGGAGUACGUAGGCGUCCCUUAUGUACUGCAGACGACACGGAUGGAGGCGGCCGACCCGUCGGCGUUCGCAACGCAGCCGGAGGUCGUGGAGAAGGGCAUGUUGGAUGUGAGCCUGACGUUUGGCUACACCGAUGUUGGGCACGACGGCGACGAGGCGUACGUCGUUCAGUUCACGCGCCUCACAAACACGGUGUGCGACGACGUCGACUCCACGCUCGUCUCACCCCGCAGAAGUGCGUACCCAGUGUACACGCUGAGCAUGUCAGGCGGCGCUGUUGUGGGCAGCAACAACACGGCUGUGUGCUACCUCCGCUCCAAUGCGACGGUGGCAGAGGUGCCACAGCUGCUGGCAGUGGCAGAGAGCAACCCGACCGGCUACCUGACGAACGUGCCGACUGGGUCGGUGUCGCGCGGGCGGCAGUACGUUGAGUUCACCAUCCUGGGCACCGGCCUGAGCGUCACCCGUGACGAGGUCGUCUUCACAGACGUGCCGUGUGGAAGUGCGCCGCGCCCGUUCAACUCAAGCCCUUACCUGGCGCGCCUGGGCGACGCCACCUCCAACGACACGGCGUACGUGGUUGUCACGCAGUUCACUUCGCCGACGAGCCCCGUUGAUAUCUACGUAUGCUACCAGCACGGCUCGGUGUGGCGCGAGGUCGGCAAGGCGCUGACGCUGAGCGUGCCGCAGCCGCUGACGGUGUCGGUGGUUCCUGCAAACGGGCUGCAGAGCCUUCCCCGCGCAGGGCAACACUUGUACCUGCAGCUGGUUGGUGGCGCGUUGACAGCGCCAGUCGGCGCCGCGGUGCUAAGUGCGGAAACAACGAGGGCAGGAACAUGGUGCCACAACUUCACGGCUGCGGAUGUGCAAGAGCCGGCGCUAGCUAUAUCGUCAGCGGCGAUACUGGACGUGUCGGUGUGGCAGAUAUCCGGGCACGCGCGGUUGUGCGUCCGCAACAGCGACAACACGCCGUGGGCUGACGUGGCCACCACCGUCGAUGCUGCCAGCAUCUACAUUAACCCGGCGAACCCGUCCAUCAUGGGCAUCUCUCCGAAUCCACCGCGCGUCGGGCAGAGCGUCACGCUCACGUUCCAUCUACUGGUGUCGUCAAGCGCAGGGGAUGUGGUGAAGAUCACGACGCCGACCUACGAGGCGUGCGAGGAGGCCGCGAGUAUUUAUGGCUUCCCCGCUGCUAUGGCCGUCACGGUGCAGGACAACGCCACGACGACGCUGACUCUGGUCGACUCGACAGAUGCUCUGCUGUACCGCAGCUUCAAUAGCACGGGGAUGUAUCGCGUGUGCUAUUACAGCGCGACAGAGCUGGCGUGGGGAGUGGUGGGUGGCACACUCGCCACCGGCUCCAUCACGGUGGAGGAGUUGGUACCGCAGUCGUGGGUCGUCGCCUCUGGCUACCCCACCAUUGGGCAGGAGUUCGCCCUAGCCUUCUACGAUGAGCUCAGCCUUUUAACGCCAAGCUCUGACAGAGACCUAGUGUGGGCAGCGCCGUCCACUGUGAGCUGCGGUCAGGACCCGUACAUGUGCAGUGGCUGCAUCUUUUUUGAGUGGGAUGCGUUGCUGUCGAACUCCUCCACAGCCGUGACGGCCGCCAACGCCUCUCUGCGUGUGGACAGCAUGAAUCUCUGCUAUCGCCUCUACAACGCCACGGCAGCACUGGUGCCUGGCUCGCUGAGCAUCACGACAGGCCCCAUCCAGUGCGUGGAGGAAGACUCCUUCAUCUCAGGCCAACAGCAGCUGCUGACGUUCCGCCUAGAACCCGGGACUAACGUCACGGGCGACAGCUGGCGCCUCUCCUUCUACGCCACCACCGCGCUGCACUGCGACGACCGCUACAUCGAAAGCUUCAUCCCAGCGUCAGCACAGUUGCAGUCGACGACGAGCACGUCGGCAACGUACCUGGUGCUGUGGCCGGUUGGGCUGGGUGUCACGACAGACAAGUACACAAUCUGCUACGUGCAUGAGGAGCGGGUGGGUCCGGUGUGCACGUGCGGCCAGAUCGACGCGAACACAGGCGAGUGCUACAUCACCGGCACACCAGGCUCGCCACAGAGCUUCACACCUUGGCCGCAGCCGACAUACGUCGGACAGACGAUCACCCUCAACUUCGUGGUGAACGCGUCCAUGACGACCUACCCGCCGACCGCCAUUAAGCUCGUCAGGUAUGUGGAUGAGCUGACGCUCUGCGACGGCGCCCCAGCCUUCACGCCAGUUGGGGCCACUCUCACGCGGGUCAGCGAUCUCCUAUACACGUACACCUUCAAGCACGACUACGCACUCGACUCCGCGACGCUGGUGGUGUGCGCGCUGACAGAUUUGUCGACCUCAUACGGCCGCGUUGCCUCAACAGUCGUACCCUCGUCGCCGACGACGAACAACACGCUUUGGAUUCGGCCGUACCUCGGCCUCACCACGUUCCCCUCCGAGGAGAAUUUUCUGCGCGCGAUGCAGACGCUGAACCUGACCUUCACGAUGGAGAGUCAGCAACCAGACGACGUGGUGAGCAUGCACGACACCAUAACCGUCGUUGGCGACCCGUACAACUGCGUCGAGUCUUACAUUGACAGUCAGGACCCGGCGACGCUCAUGAGCAUGUUCUACAUCCCCGACACGGCCUUCCUGACGCUGCCGGCGGCAGUGCUGAGCGCCAACGCGUCGCUGUUUCUCACCAGGUCCCUCGUAACUUUUAGUGGCACGGCGUCCAGUCACGGCGCACACCACUUUUGCUAUAAAUUAGCGGCCGGCACGUGGGCGCCGGUGCUGCCAGUGCUGAGCAUACAAGAGGCUCUCAUCGACCGCUGCUCCAUCACAGGCGCGCUAAGCCCUUCCAACGGCGACAACGGCGGGUCAAGUGGCUCGACGACAGCCAAUGGAGGCUCGUUGCGUGCCAUGUACUACGCCCCAACCCAAAUCCUCGGCACGGCCCUGUUCGAAUACCUGGCGUCGCCGUCGGUGGAUGAGGUGCGGGUCGUACCGCAAAGCGAGUGGUGCACAAACGAUGCGGCGGCUGUCUUCACCAUUGUUGUGGACUCAGGCUCGUUCUCCAGCUUGAGCAGCGGCAGUGGCAGCGUCGCAGCGGUGUUCUUCGCGCCGCUGCCGGGCACGUACAAACUGUGCUACCGCUUCAACGCAAGCACAAAUUGGAGUCCGGCGUGCACCGAUCUAAGCGUGACGAACGUCACCCCGACCGGGAUGGCGACGGGGUGCUGGAAUGUGGGCCAGGCGAUGGCCGUGACAGUGACGCAGGUGAUCAGCGGGUACGUCUUUACGGCGGUAGAUCGCUUGCGACUCGUGCCAGGCACAUCGCCAUGUCUCCUCUCGAGCGGCUUGCUACCAGCGUCCUCAGCGACUGUGACGGUGGGUGACGCACUCCAGCCGACCGACGGCAUUGCGCUCUCAGAUGUGGUGGCGGGGCAGACAACCUACGCAAUGCCGCCCGUCUUCUUCCGCAGUGGUACGAACUCCGUACGACUGUGUUACACCAACGCCGCGGGCAACCAAUUCGCCGUGCCAUUGGACUACAUCAGCAGCCCAGAUAAGUCACUCUUUCCCGUCCAAGCCCGCCAACCAAGCACCGUGAGCCUUCCGCAGCGCUACGUUCAGAUUGGCCAGCGGCUGCUCAUGAACUUCACCUCUGCCAGCUCUUCGGUGACCCCUUCGCUACACCCGUACGCCGCGCUGCCGCCGCUCUUCAUGCCGGGCCCCGUCUUCAACGGCACCUUUGACGGUGCAACGCUACUGGCAACGUCGAGCAGCUCCGCCUACACUGACGGCCGGUGCGCGGUCGCGCUGCACGCCGGCACCCUCGCUACCACCUCGUUCCUAGGUGUCUAUGGCUCGGCGGCAGAGAGCGGUGGCCGCUACGUUCGGUACACUGUUGGCAACUACGACCCGACAGUGGCGCAGUACUACAUUGCAUGCUACCAGCUCGCAACGUGCGGCGUGGUGGACAGUGGCGCCCCGUUCCGCGUGUACAACACGAACCCGUCCAACGUCUACACCGACGUCUCGACACCACGGCGGGGGCAACUGCUCAGAGUGAUGUUCGACAGAGACACAUCGACGCCGGAUGCCGUUGUGCUGACGCCUGGCAGCGAUCGCGGGGCCAAGCAGGCAAAUCUCGAUUCCUGCUGGAUCCUCACGGACACCUCUGGAGAACUGGUGCAAGGCACCUCAGACCUCACCCACUUCACGACUCUCUACCACGCCCAGGCGCCAGAACUAGCCUCAACAACGACCACGCGUAGCUGCUACAAGCUGAGCGGGAGUAGCUGGUCGGAGGUGCCAAACGGCGUGUCAAACAUACUCGCUGCCAACCCAACGCACUUUGUGACAACGCCACUCUCGGCGCGGGUGAAUGAAGUGAACUACAUCCGCUUCUACGGCACGGGUUUAGGCAGCAACGACCGGACGAAACUCAUCACGCAGUCGAUGAACUGUAGCGAGGAUUCAGUGCCGCCGCCGUCGUUCGCAGCCUACAGUGUGAACGCGCCAACCAGCGCCAACCCUGGCACGUCGCAGGGGUGGACCGUGACGGAAGUGAGCAGCGACGGGUCGACGGCGACGCUGAACUUCACGGCCAGCAUGACCGGCACCUUCAGUGUGUGCUACCGGCUUGCGGCAGAUACAGUGUGGACGUUGGUGUACGACGACCUCAUCAUCCACGAGCGCAACCCAUCCGUCGUCACGCAAACGCCGGUCGUCACACUCGAAGGCGAACUAUUCACGCUGAACUUUUCGGCGUCUACCGAAGGCACGUCUGAUCUUUCCGCCAAGGAUCUUGUAGUCCUGUACUACGGCUCAAGUGUCGACUGUGUCGCCCCGACAGAUGCCGAGAAGGCACCGUCCGUCACUGCCGCCCCGUCGCGCAUCGACGCGCUGCCGCACUCGAUCGAGUUCCAAGUCGCCGUCGGCACGCGCGGCAACUACACGAUGUGCUACAUGGUGGCCGCCCCGAACGUGCCAGGCGGCUACGUAGUGGUUUGGGGCUACGAUGUCGUGCUGAUCACGCCAAACCCGAAGAGCAUGACGCUUUACCCAAUUCGUGCGCAGAACGUGUACCGGCCAGACGAGCUGCUGACGCACGUCUUUGCUGGAUGGGGGCUUGUGGCGACGACUGAAGCGACAGAUAUGGUCAAGCUGAUCCAGGCGAGUGCAAGCAGUAGCACUACCGACGCAAUGUGUCAGCAGAACUCGGCGGCCGCGGGGAUUACGUACUACUCUCUCUACGCGAACGGCUCGCACGCAGAGCAUGUGUGGCGAGUGUCACCCGCCGGAACGAAUAUGCCGUACUCGGUGUGCUACAAGCUGUACGGUGGGCAGUAUCACGUCAUUGGGGAUGUACUGGCUAUCACCGGGACGGCGAGCCCCAGUGGUGCCACGUCGGCAAAGUUAAACGGCAGCAACACAGCACUCUCCUCUGGCGAGUCAAUGUUGUGGACGCUGGUCGGCACAAGCGCGCAGUCCUGCACAGACGGCGAGGCCCUCCUCUUCUUCAGCGAUAAGGACUGCUACGACGUGCGCUACUACGUGAAUGUGUUGGCAAUAAUGUCGUCGAGCGCGAGGAUGGCGGCCACCUUCCCAGGCGGGGCGUCGGUCGUGUCGAGCUGCAGCGGUACGACGCAGCUGCGCGUGCCAUGGACGUACAUGUUUAAUGAAAACUCGGCGAUCCCCACGGCAUCGCCGUCGACGGUGCUCCUUUCCUUGUGCUACUGGAGUGCUGGCAACGACGCCGUGUCGGUGCUGUCGAGUAACACCAUCACCCUCAGCCAGGGUGUGCCACCGCCGCUUAAUGUGACACUGUUGGUGACAGCGCAGGAGGUGUUCAGCUUCAACCUCACUGUCCUGCCAGCGAUAACGGACUGGGCAGUGCUGGUGACGAGCCCGGCAAACUGCGUCGGUGUCAGCGCCCCUGCAAACGAUGCGUACUUGACAGAGUUGAGCUACAGUGAGUCUACGGGCGUGACCACCGUCACAGCAGCCGUUCCUAGCGCAGGGACAUACUACGCGUGCUACUCACACCAGGAUGGCACGUGUGCCGCAAGCACAGGGCGCGAGUGUGCGCGUGUGGUGGCGAUGAUGGAAGCAACGCCUGCCAGCCCACGAAGCUGGAGCGGCCAACCGAUGCCGGUGUACGUGUCAAGCGUCUUGACCGUUGCACUAACCUUUUCCAGUAGCGGUGAUGCGGCAGCGCAGGGGACGACAGCGUUGGCGUGGCUGGCCGCCAUGACAUCUGAGGCGUUGCCACUCACUAUGCGAGACGUGUGGGUGGCCUGCACAGAAUCACAGACGAUAGCGUCGCUGCGGUACGAGCUGACGUACACCGUCGCGAGUGGCACGUGGAGAACGACUGGCAUUAUGACGCGCUCUGGCCCGUACGCCCUGUGCUAUACCGCGCAGAGCACCACAGCGGCGCCUCUGCAUCUUUUCGGUCCAGUCAGCAACGCUGGCCCAAUCGUGCUGGCGAGCACCGUAACGAACGUCACUCUGCCUCCCUUGAUGACGGUGACAAGCACUAACACGGUGGUGCUCACGGGCGGUGGCUUGUCAACGACGGACGUGGUGGUGGCCGUGGGCCUUUCCGCCUCGAUGGCGGUGCCGAGCGACAUCUGUACAAACGAAGACUACACCCCGCGCGUGAACUCGAUGAACCCGAGCCCGGAGAAUAACACGGGCAUGACAGCAAUGCCGCGAAACCUCAUCUUCAUGACGACGGGGGACUACGUACUGUGCUACACCGCCACCUACGGCCUCACGACGAGCAGCAGCGACAGUGGGUCGGUGACGGGAACCCCUGUUCUCAUCACCCCGACGCCCUUCACAGUGUCGCCAAGCGUGAUCAGUAUGAAGGUCACAAGCCUAGUGCUUGAAGUGGGUGUCCAGCUGGACAUUGUCUUCACCGGAAGCGGGCUGGCUGUGUCCAACCUGGCUGCACUGGUGUACGUAGGAAGCAUCCCAGGCUCGCCGACAGUGGAGACUGUGUGCCUCGGCGCCUUUGCUGUCUACAUACCCAUGGUGUCCGUCAGCGCAGAUGGUACCAAUGCCAGCUACAGCACGACACCGACGCAACAGGGUAUUCACAUGGUUUGCUUCCGCAAGUCUAUGUCGAGCACCCCCCUCCUCAUGCCAACCCAACUGACGAUUGGCGUGCGGACAGCUGUGAAAGCCGUCUUCACAGUGCAGCCAGGGGGCUGUACAGCCCUGCUGGUGUGCACGGCACAGCCCACAAUCACGCUUCUCAACGAGUCGGGCUUCGCCACGUCAGCGCCGUACAGCACUGUGAACAUGACGCUGUACCUCAGCGACGGCAUCACCACUGCACCAGUCGGCUACCUGGCCGGUGGCACCACCUACUCGCACGUGAACUUCACCAACUUCACAUUCUUGGCGCUGCGGGUGUCGACCGUCGGGAACUACGUCAUGAAGGCGAUCGUGACGCUUCAGGGCGGUGACACGCUGAUGGCGACGUCAAGCGUGCUCACGGUGGCCGAAGGCGGCGGGCCGGUUGUGGCUGUGGCGGCGGUGUCGUGCCUCCCCGUCGGGAUCCUUGACCGCACGAUCGGGUCCACGGCGAACACAAUUGACUGCAUGAUCACAGCCUUGACAAGCGAUGCACCGAACAACUUUGCGGUGUGGGUGAACGCCGGCAGCGUCGGUACAGUGACGCAGAACGGCACCACGACCGGUGGGCUCCCGACGUACAGCUUUGCCGUCACCGCACCGGAAGCCUCAUCUUCAGUGGCGGGACUCGUGAACUUCAUCGAGAUUGUAGUCUCACUCACGCCGCCGUACGAGAGCUUGCCCGUGCAAAACUCUCCCGUGAUAGUGCGGCUGGCAACGUCGCCGAAUGCGCUGACGACAAUCGGCUGCAGCUCCGGUUCAACACAGCUUCCGAUGCCGAACAUGGUACGGGUCGGUGGGGUGCUGAGGUGCCACGUCCAAGGUAUUGCAAUGAUUCAGAGCCAAGCACGAAACAUUGUGGCCCUGCCGAGGGACCUGAGAGUGACCAACUACUACAACGGCGACGUGAGCACGAGCGCAGCGGUGAACCUUGGCACCUACCCCUUCGAUGUCAACGGCCGGUACAAUUUCACGGUGAUACCGGAGACCGGCCUGCAAAUCUCUGUCGCCGGCACCGUCUUCGCCACGGAUGGCGCCGGCAGCUCGACUAGCGACGCCACAUCAGCAUGGACGACGAUGGUAAACAGCCCGCAGACGUUCCUCCUGAUAGGGGUGCCAACUGCCGCAGCAUCGAAGCAGGCGUGUGCAUCAACCCGGACGGGGUCGAUGAUGUGGUACACGCCGGCCGAGCCGUUGCAGUGCACGGCCACGCUGGCGAACGCGCAAGGGCCAGUGAACGGCCUGCAGAGCGAGUACAGUGUGCUUCUACCGGAUGGAGGUAGCGUAUCGUCCUUUAAUGCGUCGGCGUGGGGUUCGAGUCUUGUCUGGAGCCUCACUGCACCGCCGCCGCCGUCGUCGACGUCGUCCGUGAGCUCGGUGAAGUCGGUGGGGCUGCCGCAACAGGAGCGCGAGCAGCUGCAGGAACGGUAUGCGAGGCGUGCCGUGACAGAGACCCUCGCCGUUGCAGUGCCAGCGAGCUUUAGUAUACAAGUUCUCUACGCGCCAUCCACCACCAUCAUCGCGACGUACAUGGGUAGCUUAGUGUAUGUAACGGGUGUCGUGGAGGCACCACCAACGCUGAAGCAGAAGGCGACGGUGAGUAUGACGUUCGCGGGCGUUGGACUUGAGACAACACACCGCUACACGCUCGGGGCCGUCUCCAACUGCACCAGCGUGCUCUCUGAGGCAACUCCGACGGGGGGCGCGGCAGCGGAUCAGCUCGUCCUCACCUUCGAGGUGCCGAACUCCGUCUUCAUCAUCUGCUUCGCUCCUCAAGACGCGCGCACAGCGCUGCAGCCGCUGUUGACGACGCAGUGGACGCCAGAGUCGGGCAGCUCCUCCAACUCUCGGUGGACGAGGGACGAUUUAAUUCUACUGAUCGUUGGCGUCGUCCUCUUCGUUAUUCUCCUGGUGCUGCUGGUGAUUCUUCUCUGGUGCAUCUUCUGCCCCUGCGAGAAGGACAAUAUGGACAGGGUCGUGAGUGAGGAGCACCGCAUCGUGCACCACACACCGAUCAGAAUGGCCACCACCAACGUAAUCACGGCGGCAGCCGCUGGUGGUGGUGGUGGCAUACCGAGCGUGUACAUGCCACCGCGUGCGAACAACCGGUAUGUGCUCCGCACUGUCGAUAGACCGCCGCCGGCAGCGUUGUCGUCACCCGCCGCAGUGCCCCUGCCUAUUGUCACCUCCGACACCCCACCGCCGCUGUCUUCGACCCCGGUCCCGCCGCAACAGCAGCAGCCGAGCAGCAACACGCAGAUCCGCAUAAACAUUCAUGAUAACGAUGGUGCACGCGAUGCCUUUCCACCCGCACCACAGUCACACACCACCCGUGGCGCGGCGACGUCCGUGACCCACUCCGGCAGCAGCAGCACUGGCGCCGUGCCCUCGGCGGUAACCAUGCGAAAGCGCCACCGCCACCGCUCUCGUCGAAGUAGCAGCGCAAGUAGCAACAACCCGCCGCAGCCGCCGUAUCACCCAAAGCCAGAGCACGCUAGUCUUGACCUCGAAGCGCGACUCCCACCGCCCUUGUCGGACUCGAGCCCCUUCACUGGGGCGAGUGCAGCAGAGACCCGGCAGUCUGUGCCUCCGCCACCGCCGCCUCCCCUGCCGUUCAUGCCACCACCGAGCGCCACUGUGCCCAGGCCGUAUGCGAGCUCUGGGUUGGUGAAGAGCCCUCGGCGCUCAGGCAGCACGCCGAAAGUGGACGUGGCGAAGGACUUGCCGCCACUGCCGCUGCAACCGCAGCCGACCAUUACGCUGGGGUCGACGACGGCCGCACCGGCGCCCUCAUCAGGCCCAUACCAACACCUUCAUCACAGCACGUCAGGGCUGAGCGUCCCUGGUACUGUAGAUGCCUCAGGCACGGGCCUUGGUAACUUUCCCCGUAGCUUCAGCGACAACGCUGCCACAGAGGAGGUGAUGGGACCCUUUAUGGUGGCAGGCCACACAUCUAAGCCGAUGGUGCGCUCCACAUCGUCGUCAAGGCAGCCUUGA